UAUGACAUUUAGAAACCAAAUAGAGAAAUAAUAUUUAUUUAAAUGUAUUGUUAUCAUUUUUCUAUCUCAACUGUGUUAAUAUACAUAUAUAAGGCACGUGAUAGUACCUAUAGAUCUUUCAUAAAGUUUUUUUUUGCUUUGGAUAGUAUGUAUUUCAAAGGCAGGGACAAGAGACACUUAACCUGAAAAAUGUAACCUACUGACCAAAACACCAAAGAAUAUUAAAUGCCUUUUAUUUUCCGUAUCAUAUUAUGUCAAUUAAGCAUAUUAUGUUACGCUAGAUCUGAUACUGAUUUACAUUAUUGUUACUCAAAGGGAAGCCAAAAAGAGUGUCCUAAGGAUGAGGAGUUACUAAAUACAAAACACUGUAGCCCCAAACGAGAAAACGAUCAGAGAUACGUUGAAGACAUGGCUAAUAAUAACCAAUUGAAUGGAUUAUACCGUCCUAGGAGCGCCUUGGCUCGUGCAUUUUAUGAAAAACAAAGAAAUGACAGGCAUCUGCAAGAAUUUGACCAAACUGAGUGGUAUCGUGUGGACAAGAGCCUCCUCAGUCCAGAGCUCCAGCAGAAGUUCAAGCAGCUAGAUCCAGAUGACGACACAAAGGCGUUCCUGUCGGCCUCCAUCGACAAGUCCACGUGGGUCUGGACGCAGAUCUGGUAUCUGCUGGCCAAGGCCGUACUUCGGCACUUCUGGUCUAUCACCGACAUUAAUGGAUGGCUGGGCCGCGGCUCGAUGUUCGUGCUAUCUUCCGCGCAAGCGCGUACUCUGCUGGACGGCGCGCCGACCGGCGCUCUCGUAGAUGUCGGCGCCGGCGACGGCGAGGUCAGCCGCCGCUUCGCGCAGCUGUUUGACCAGCGUUACGCCACCGAGAUCUCCGCCAGCAUGAGAAAGGCGCUCAGCAGUAAGGGAUAUACUAUCCUUGACACGGAGAACUGGUGGCGUGGGCAACAGUUCCAAUGCGUGAGCAUGAUGAACUUGAUCGACCGCUGCAGCCGACCCAAGACAAUGCUGCUAGAAGCCCGCGCCGCGCUCGCGCCCGGAGGGAUCCUCCUCUUAGCCCUAGUCCUGCCCUACAAGCCCUACGUAGAAUCAACGCCUGACCACAAACCCGAAGAGCGUCUCCCAAUCAGCGGCGCCCGCUUCGAGCAGCAAGUGGAGUCGUUCGUGGCGUUCAUGCGCGACGAGUGCGGGUUCGAGCUGGUGUCGUGGGCUCGCGUGCCGUACCUCUGCGAGGGCGACUUUGCCCAGGCAUACUACUGGCUCGAUGAUUCUGUCUAUGUGUUCACGCCUAAGCCCAUUCAUGAGUCUUCUUAAGAUAUUAAGGUGCAGUGGGUUCAGCCAGCAGAGUUUGAAAAAUUGCGGUUACAGUUGCUAAAAAUAUGAAUAGCAAUCUUGAGGCCUUUUUCCAGUAACUUCAUCGAUUCGAAACCUGAUGAAACAACUUUCACUCGUUAGAAAAAAAACAUUUAAAAUUUUGAAUUGUUUUCGCAAAUGAAAAUUGCUUCUAAAAAUGGGUAAUUUAAUUUUUGGUUGUUUGAUGAAAGUAAUCGAUGAGGAAUUCUUUAUUAACUGACGGGCACGCACGCACGGCCGUCCGCUCAGAGGUCAGCGAGCUGCGAUCUGAACUCACAGCGCCUUAAAUAAAGUGGAUCACAUUGCUUCACUUUUGACAAUGGCCUAAAACGUAAUUGUCAAAAGUCGUAACUAGAGUCGGACUACGCUAAGUUUUAACGCCAAGUGCUAAUAUGUCAAGUACACUCAGCGUCAAAUACUUUGUAGCAACCAAAGUAGUCAAAUAGUUCGGUACACCAUAUAUUUAAUAUGGUGUACCGAACUAUUUGGCCAUUUUGACUGCUACAGAGCAGUCACAGCUGCAGUCAGUGCUGUUUUUCACGCUGAGUGUACCUAUGGCACCCCCAUGGGAUAUGUUUGCUUUGUCAACGCCAAAAGUUAGUAACUUCGUUGUAUUCUCAAUGUAAUGUUAAAUGUCUGUUCAAUGUAAAAUUACCGGGGAGUCGUUUUAUAAACGCAUAUUUGCAAUACAAGCUGAAUUUUUUCUAAGAAAUUAAGGUGGAUACAGAUGAUUUAUAAAACGGUCCUGGACUUUCUAAUUUUGCACAGGCGGUUGUCGACUUAAAAUAAAAUAUUGCAUUGAAUGAAGCGUUAUGAAUAUUGUUUCGUGAGCAAUGAGUAACAACGAAAUUGGUAUUGUAGUCCUAAGCAAAAUUGUAUACACCAAAAAAUAUAUCAGUGAUUGAUAUUGAUGUCAUGUGGCACCAGAAACAGAAACGUUGUUGUUUAAGGCUACAUUUCCGAUAUUACUAACAAUUAAACUAAAAACAAAGGUUCCUUUUUGCCACUUACCUAUAAUAAGAACUGAAAAUGCUGAAAAUAAGUAGUACCUCGCAAUUACACUGAGUCAGAUAAAUUGACUGAAUGAAUGACAUCUAGUUAUUUUACUAAUCUAGCCAGGAUUUCUCAAGGAACGCAUAUUUUUGUCAUCGAAUGGGUGUUUAUAUUCUACAUUUUAAUAUUUUAAGUGAUAAAUCGCAUUGAAUUUAUUAGGUAUUUUAUAGAUGUUUACUACUUUUUCUACUUUGUAUGGUAACUAGUUAUACGUAGCUGAAUAAGAUAAAGAUCAAGUAAUAUAUUACAAUUACGAUGAACCGUCACAGGUUGAAACCGAAUUGUGUUGAAAUUGUCGUGUCUCCAAAAGAAUUGGAGUCGUUGUAUGUACCUACUUACAUACGUAGGUUUAAACUUUAAACCAUUCCUACAUUCAAAUACGGCCGUUUAAAAUUUUAAAUCUAUUUGUAUGUGUGUCUUUGUGAAUAAUGAUUUGUGUACUAACUUUUGCACUCCAAUAAGAGUUAGAAAUAUUGAAACAUUUUCAUCAAAAGGUGCUUUCAAUUCUAUAAAGAUGUCCAGUGUCAGAAUUAAACUCGA